AUGCAAAUUGUUCCGCCAGGAAAGGAGCAAGACAGCAAAAUUGUUACUUGGGACGGUGAACAUGAUCCAAAAAAACCCAUGAACAUGCCCGAGUUCCGCAAAUGGUUGAUCGUCAUCUCAACUGGUCUGAUGACUUUCUGUGUUUCAUUCGCCAGUUCGGUGUUCUCGACUACGACGUUCGUCACAGCUGAGCUGUUUGGCGUCAGUAGUGAAGUCAUGAUCCUGGGUCUUGCGCUCUAUGUACUUGGUUUCGCUUUCGGACCUCUGAUCUGGGGACCGCUUUCUGAAGCCUAUGGCCGUACCCGUCCUCUCUUCGCUGGAAUGAUCAUCUUCUGUAUCUUCCAGAUCCCUGUCGCUGUCGCUCAAAACCUGCAAACAAUCUUCGUAUGCAGAUUCUUUGGCGGAGUCGCUGGUUCCGCUCCUCUGGCCAUUGUUGGCGGUAUGUUUGUCGACUUUAUGGAACCAAUCAACCGCGGUGUAGCCACCAGCGUCUUUGCAGGUUCUGUUUUUGCAGGUCCAGUAGCAGGACCAGUUGUGGGCUCUUUCAUCACCUACAGCUACCUCGGAUGGAGAUGGACUGCCUGGAUCACUCUCAUUAUGUCUGUAUUUUUCACCGCCAUCGCCUAUCUGGUGACACCAGAGACUUACGAACCCGUCUUGCUGGCAUGGAAAGCUGACAAGCUUCGCCAUGAGACGAAAGAUUGGGCUUUGCACUCCAAGAGUCAAGAAGACCCUCUCAACUACGAUACCAUUGUCAACAAAUAUCUCAUGAAGCCUCUGGUCAUGGUUGUCAAAGAGCCAAUCCUCAUUAUCUUGACACUCUACAUGAGUCUGGUUUACGGAAUUUUGUAUCUGACUUUUGAAGCCUAUCCCAUCAGCUUCGAAAUGGAUCGCGGUUGGUCACCUGGUCUUGCUUCGCUACCUUUCAUCGCAAUCUUUAUCGGAGUAGUUCUCGCUUGUGUCAUCCUCGGUGCCUUCAGUAAAACUUGGUAUGCUAAGAGGCUCAUCGCCUCGGGCAAACUCAACCCCGAAGACAGGCUUCCACCCAUGAUUGUCGGCUCUUUGAUUCUUCCCAUUGGUCUAUUCUGGUUUGCGUGGACCUCGCAUCCCGACAUUCAUUGGGCGCCUCAAGUCGUCUCAGGCAUCUUCAUUGGUCUUGGAAUCAUCUUGAUCUUCAUGAGCGGUGUCACGUACAUGGUUGAUGUGUACCUGCUCAACGCCAACAGCGCUAUUGCCAUCAACACCUUUAUCAGAUCAGCAGUAGCUGCCGGCUUCCCCAUGUUCGCUACAUAUAUGUACGAAGGACUUGGCGUAGAUUGGGCCACUUCGUUGUUGGCGUUCGUGUGUAUCGCACUUAUCCCCUUCCCUCUGAUCUUCUGGUUCUAUGGUAAGAAGAUUAGGAGUUUGAGCAAGUUUGCAUUCAACCUUGGCUAG